ACUUCCGGGGUAUUCAGUAGUCGCGUUGUGGCGAUGGCGGUCAUGUUUUCACGUUUGUGAGACAAUUACGAGUGUGAGUGAGCGACAUUGACUGGGAUUAAUACUUUACUUGAGCUGCUGCGUUUUGUCAGGAGAUUUAUCACCAAAGAUGGCUGAGGAUGUCCAGAAGCACUCAGUCCACACACUGGUCUUCAGAUCUCUCAAAAGAACUCACGAUAUGUUUGUGUCCGACCAAGCGAAACCCAUCUCACAGGAUGAUGAGAGCCACAAACUGAAGAUGGCCGUGAAACUCAAGUCAGACUACGUGGCAGUUUUACACAUGCCUGUCCUGAAGGAAGGAAAAGACAGAGUCCCACAUCUUCCUGGCAGCAUGCACGGCCACCAGAGCUAUGCACAGCCAGAUGACCCAGAAUACCUGAUCACUGGCACACAUGCGUACCCCUCUGCACCUGGAGUGGCCCUGACUGCAGACACGGCGAUGCACAGGAACCCCAGCGAGGGAGGAAUCCAUUCUAUGGCAUUGGCUUUGUUGCCCUCACAAGCCAGGCUGGACGCAAGCCGCACAGCAGCCAGUGUUGGUGAUAUUCAUCGACACGCUGGAGCAGCAGAGAGAUCUCACCUUCACUCAACUGCCGUGUCGAUUCUGGAAGGAGGCGGUACGAGAAAUUCUGCGCUCAUAAGGAAAGCACCAACAAUGCCUAAACCCCAGUGGCAUCCACCAUGGAAGCUGUCUCGGGUCAUCAGUGGUCACCUUGGCUGGGUGAGAUCCAUCGCUGUAGAACCUGGGAAUCAGUGGUUUGUCACAGGCUCGGCUGAUAGAACCAUAAAGAUUUGGGACCUGUCCUCUGGAAAGCUGAAGCUCUCUCUGACUGGACACAUUAGCACAGUGCGAGGUGUGGCCGUCAGCACCCGCAGUCCGUACCUGUUCUCCUGUGGUGAAGACAAGCAAGUCAAAUGUUGGGAUCUGGAGUACAACAAAGUCAUCAGGCACUACCACGGUCACCUGAGUGCUGUGUAUGACUUGGAUCUACAUCCGACCAUUGAUGUGCUGAUGACGUGCAGUCGGGAUGCCACAGCACGGGUGUGGGACAUCAGGACGAAGGCUAACGUGCACACACUAACUGGCCACACCAACACUGUGGCCACAGUGAGAUGCCAAGAAGCAGAGCCACAGGUCAUCACUGGCAGCCACGAUUCAACAAUCAGAAUGUGGGAUUUGAUUGCUGGAAAGACCAGAACAACCCUAACCAAUCACAAGAAGUCUGUCCGAACUCUGGUGCUGCACCCCAAGCUAUACACAUUUGCAUCAGGUUCUGCUGACAACAUCAAGCAGUGGAAGUUCCCCGAUGGCAACUUCAUUCAGAACCUGUCUGGCCACAACGCCAUCAUCAACACGCUGGCUGUUAACUCGGACGGCGUUUUGGUGUCAGGAGCCGACAAUGGAACCAUCCACAUGUGGGACUGGAGGACGGGCUACAACUUCCAGAGGAUCCACGCCGCUGUGCAGCCAGGAUCUCUGGACAGCGAGUCGGGCAUCUUUGCCUGCUUGUUUGAUAAAACCGAGAGCAGAUUGAUCACCGCCGAGGCCGACAAGACCAUAAAAGUGUACAAAGAGGACGACACAGCUGUGAGUUUUAUGAUCAAAUUCAAACUCAGUCUGCAGUUUAGUGUUACUUCCCUCAUAUUCUGACAAAUGUGUUAUUUUUCUUGCAGACGGAAGAAAGUCAUCCAGUCAACUGGAAACCAGAAAUCCUCAAGAGAAAAAGAUUCUAAUAUUUUGUGUUGUUUUUUUUUAUUUCACAGUAGCAAUUGUAAAUUUUAUUUCUACCAAACCUCCAUCACAUUUUGCUUAGUAGUGCUUUGUCAUGCAGCAGAUUUCUUCCUCAACAAAUGUGUCUUUGACAGAAGCAACCACAUCAAAAAUAUACACAAGGUUUGACUGCUUCAUUCCAAAAACCACUUGCAGUCUCCGUUGUAGGACGUCAGUCCAGUGAAGCGGCCAUUUUGAACUGCCAGGAACUUCCCUGUGCGCUUGUUCUUGAUGACGACGGCUCUCUUAUGGCUCUGGUCCGUCUGGUCCACCAGAAGUAGCCACUCUUCGGAGACAGAGGGACUGGCCUCAGAGUGGAUCUGGUUUCUGUUUGAGUCAAACCCUGCAGAUGGAAAGACAUCUUUUUUUUUGUACUCAAAAGAGCUUUAAAAAAAACAUGGCAUUGUCCCUUUUUUCUGGAUAGCAAUGUGAUGUUUAUUUUGCUCCAUUUAAUAAAGACAGUUAUUGUUUA